GCGGAGAAACUUUCCCACUUUUUUCACCAAUAAGGAGGAGCCUGCAGACACGCUCAACAUGCACACUAAAAAGUGGAUGCAGAGACUCACGUUCAGCUGCUUGGAGUGAGACCUUCAUAGUCAGGCAGUCCAUCAGUGAUGCUAAUCACAGGUUGAUCCUGCACAAGUUGGACCAGGACUGACAGCUGAACCAACAGUGCAACAUCUUUGGAGAGAGCAGACCGUUGUGGCCCCCCCACCCACACUUACCUCUGGAGAGGACUGCAGGAAGUGAGCGCAAACAUGCCACAGAGGAGAGGAACGCCAAAAUCCAUCUUUGUGUCCUCAAUUUUAGUGUGUUGUAUGCUCGCCAGUGCGGAGUAUUCCAGCUGUGGAGAGUAUGAGUUCCUAAACCAGACCAGUAACAGCUGCCAGGCAUGCCCUCAGUGCCAGCCAGGACAGGAGCCACACAUGCCCUGUGGCUACGGGGUGAAGGAUGAAGACUUUUCCUGCGUGCCGUGUCCACAUGGGAAGUACUCCAAAGGCAAAUAUGAGAUCUGCAGACGACACAAAGACUGCGACGCCCUCUACAAAGCCACCGUGCGCACGGUGGGAACGCCGGACAGCGAUGCGGAGUGCGGCCCUUGCUUACCAGGGUAUUACAUGCUGGAGAACAGACCCCGAAACCUUUACGGGAUGGUUUGUCACUCCUGCCAGAACGCGCCGCCCAACACCAAAGAAUGUAUGCAGACCAGCGGGCCAGUCCAAAAACCUCAGUUUGAUCCAGGCAGCACCACCGUUUUCCCUCAUCUUCAGAAAGAUCCAACAGGUCAAGGUCACCUAGCGACGGCUCUCAUUAUCGCCAUGUCAACCAUUUUCGUCAUGGCCAUCGCCAUUGUCCUGAUCAUUAUGUUUUACAUUCUGAAGGCCAAACCGAGCGGCCAGGCGUGCUGCCAUGGACAAGUGAAAUCAGUCGAAGCUCAGACCAACAAACAAGAGGACAAGAAAGACGUCCCUGAUAAGGUGGUGAUCUACUCAGAGAAAGACGAGUUCGACAAACUUCAGGCAUCGCCUCAGAUGACGGUGAAAAGUGAAAACGACGCCUCGUCCGAGAACGAGCAGCUGUUGAGCCGCAGCAUCGACAGUGACGAGGAGGCAAACAACAACCUGACCCCCAAUUUGGGACUCAACAAUGUGGGGAACAAGCCCGACCUCUGCCUGCUCACUCUGGGCGCCGUGGACACCGAUUCCGCUUGUAACGGGACCGCCAACGUCAGCGUCAGCCCCAACGGCAACCUCCCCAGUCCCAGCCACACGGGCAGUAUCAACCACAUCUCCGGCGCUAACCACAUCAGCAACGUGACCGCAAUCAACAACAGCAAUAAGAACCCAGGGAUGUUACAGAGUCGCAGGAAAAAGAUCCUGGACCUGUAUGCUAAAGUGUGCAAUGUGACAGAUGGCCUGAGCCCCACAGAGCUUCCCUUCGACUGCCUGGAGAAAGCCAGUCGCAUGCUGAGCUCUUCCUACAGCAGCGAGGCCGCCGUGGUUAAGACGUGGAGGCACCUGGCCGAGAGCUUCGGCCUCAAGCGCGACGAGAUCGGCGGCAUGAGUGACGGCUUGCAACUUUUCGAGAGGGUGAGCACGGCGGGAUACAGCAUCCCCGACCUGCUCACCCGCCUGGUGCAGAUCGAGAGGCUGGAUGCCGUCGAGUCGCUGUGCUCGGACGUUCUGGGAGGAAACGACAUGGCGGCCGGCGGUGGCCGGGCGGCCGGCGGCGGCCGGCAGGGCAUUAGCAGUUUUCAUAGCCAAUUGGCGUGCCCGUCACCGUGUCAACCUUCCUCUCAACGCUGCGCCAGUGUCUAAGACGCCUGAGCGUCACAAAACUCUGAAGUUGGGAUGAAAUCUGCUUUGAUGCACGACGCAUACAGAGACUUUUCUUCCUCAUCACAUGAAGAACGUUAGCGAAUAUACCGCGAUGUCAAGAAGCUACAUAUCAAAUAUAGUUGGAUUUAUAUUGGCCGGGGCGGCCCGGUGGUCCAGUGGUUAGCGCGUUGACCUCACAG